CAAGGGGUGCGCGUGCGCCGUGCGUUGGCCCAGCGCGCGUUCUCGGUCGGCCGAGUCUGGGGGGGUCCUCAAGCCCCCCGCGACACGACGCUGUCGCAGGUUGCGCUGGGCAAAGGCGAAUCCUGCGCAAACCAGACGCUCCGGCCGCGUUUCCUUGGCCGGAAGUGCGCGCUCCAUAGAAGUGUCCCGGGAGUCACGAAGCCCUUCACCUGAACCAGCAGCCCAGGGAGGACUGCAUUUACUGACCGCCUAAGGAAGAGUCCUUCGCCUUGCUACUUCUGGCAGCUGGCGCGACUUGGCCGGACACACCAGAGCAGGGAUGUUUCUGGAGAGUAAACGCACGAGGCUGCAAUGAGGGGCACUCAGUGUGCUGAGCUCCGAGAGGCCUGGAGGCAGGACCCACCCGAUGACCCGGAGCCGCUCCUGGGAGAACUGACCAGCGUUCAGGACCGAGGUAACCGAAGUUACGGCGGUGGGAGGAACGCCCUCCCGACGGCGCACACACCUCGGAACGCGGCUGCUGAAGGGCCGCGGCAUCGGUGUCCGAUCCGCGGCAAAAGCUUUGAGCAGCAAGCCGACCUCCUGGACCACCAGAAAAUCUCCACGGGGAGGAAGCCGUUCCAGUGCGGCGAGUGCGGGAAAGCCUUCAGCUACCCCUCGGCCCUGAAGGUGCACCAGCGGACACACACCGGGGAGCGGCCGUUCCCCUGCGCGCAGUGCGGCAAGGCCUUCAGCCACAGCUCGGCGCUGCUCCUGCACCGGCGCGUGCACACGGGCGAGCGGCCCUACGCGUGCGGGGACUGCGGCCGCGCCUUCUCGCAAAGCUCCUCGCUCGUCCUGCACCGGCGCACACACACGGGCGAGCGGCCCUACGACUGCCCCGCGUGCGGGAAGGCCUUCGCGCGCCACUCGGCGCUGGUGGAGCACCGGCGGGUGCACACGGGCGAGCGGCCAUACGCCUGCAGCCUCUGCGGCAGGGCCUUCAGCCAGGGCGCGCACCUGGCGCGCCACCGCAAGGUCCACGUGCAGCCCAAGGCGCACGGGUGCGGGCACUGCGGCAGGGCCUUCCGCUCGCCCGCCGCCCUGCUGCAGCACCGGAGGAUCCACACGGGCGAGCGGCCCUUCGGGUGCCCGGAGUGCGGGAAGGCCUUCACCCAGCGUCCCUACCUGGCGCAGCACCUGCGCGUGCACGCGGGCGAGCGGCCCUUCGAGUGCGAGCGCUGCGGGAAGGCCUUCGGCAAGUGCGCGCACCUGGCGCGGCACCCGGAGACGCACGCGUGCGUCCGCGCGCCGGCGGGGAAGGCGCGCGGCGGGGACGCGCCCCAGGGGCCCGCGGACGCCGGCACCUCUGUCGCAGAGCGCCGCAGGCAGCGGCGCCCACCCCACCUCUGCGGGGACUGCGGGAGGGUCUUCAGGUGCAGCGCGGCCUUGGUCCAGCAUCGGCGGCUGCAGGCCUGCUGACCCGCGCGGCAAACUGCGGGGCGGGCCUUUCGCCGGCAACUUGGUUCAGCACCUCGGAGACCCCGGGGGUAGGAUUUGGGGCAAGGAGUCAGCAGCGGAGCCUUAACGAGAAGCGGCAUUAUGCCCCCUUUUUGAAAAAAAAAUAUAUUGGAAAACCUUAUUUUGUCA